GCCGCCGCCGCCGCCGCUCCCCGCCCGGCCGCCGCCGGCCCGGGGAGCCCGGUCGGGCCCGGGGAGCCGCUGGCUGUCGGUUCUGUGUCUGAUGCAGGAGGCACGGCCAUGGAAAAGAAGCCGCACUUGGCGAAAAGGGACUUGCCGCCCAGGGAGGCGUCGGCGGUCUUGCUGGUGCUGCUGGUCCUGCUCCUUAACGCCCUUCUCUACCUGUACCUCAGCGACCUCCACAGCUCGUCCGGGCGUGCCGAAACGGACCCCAGCCUCUGCCCUUUCGGGUACUUCAAACUAGGGUCAGUGAAAAAUUGUUCCCCCUGGCUCUCCUGCGAAGCCAUCAAUAAGGAAGUCAGGAAACUCAAGUGUGUUGGUGAGGGAGCUGUGAAAAGGGUCUUUCUUUCUGAGUGGAAGGAAAACAAAGUGGUUCUGUCACAGCUCACCAACAUCGAGCUGAAGGAGGACUUUCUCCACGGACUGAAGAUGCUGAAAGCACUACAAAGCAGGCACGUUGUCCGGCUGCUUGGCUACUGUGAGAAGCAGUUCACAAUCCUCACCGAGUACCAUCCUCUGGGCUCCCUGAGGGGCUUGAAUGAAACUCUCCACAUCCCCAAAUACAAGGGCAUGAACACCUGGCAUCGCAGGCUGAUGCUUGCCAUAGACUACGUGAGCGUCAUUCGCUACCUGCACAGCAGCCCUCUGGGCACUUUAGUGAUGUGCGAUUCGAAUGAUCUGGACAAGGUGCUCUCUCAGUACCUCCUGACAAGUGACUUUCACAUCCUGGUGAAUGAUUUGGAUGCUCUGCCUCUCGUGAACAAGAGCAGUGGCAGGCUGGUGAAGUGUGGUCAUCGGGAGCUGCAGGGCGAGUUUGUAGCUCCUGAGCAGCGGUGGCCCUAUGGGGAGGAUGUGCCAUUUGAUGAUGACCUCAUGCCUCCCUAUGAUGAGAAAACAGACAUCUGGAAAAUCCCAGAUGUCUCCAAUUUUUUCUUGGGCCAUGUUGAAGGGAGUGACAUUGUGCGACUGCAUUUGUUUGACAUCCAUGCAGCAUGUAAGAAGAAGGACCCAGCCAAAAGGCCUUCUGCCCAAGAGAUCUUAGAUACGUACAGGAAAGUUUUAACUCUGCUGAUUCGGGAGGUGGCCAUGCCUGGUACUAGGGAAAUGUUAUAGUGAAUCAUGAGACAAGUGGUAGACUGAAGUUGAUGUUCUUAUUUAUUUAGCUUGCCUGAAGGGCAAAACCUCUGUCCUUGAAACUGAGAAGAUUAAAAAAAAAAAGACUUUGUACUUUUACCUUUUGAUUAAAAGUUAUCCACCCAAA